GUACGACAGGGCAAGCGAUUGUAGACGAGAAGAAAAAGGAGAGAGAGCAGAGAGAGGGGAGCUGUGGGAGGACGACGUGACGAGAGGACUCCAAACAGAAGCUCUCAGGACUACGACACGCACACACAGAGAAGGAAAACAGAAAGAAACAGGUCAUAUCUACAGCACAUUUGGAGAUUCGUGCAGCGGGAUACGGGCUGCGGACUGUUAAGCACGACAGCGUUUCCCUGCGGUAAAACCAGCCUGAGUUGUUGGACAGGAGGCUGCUCUUCCUCGUCAGAAAAAGAGGCUUUAUAGCGGGGAGGUUUACGGAGCAGCGGACUGAAGUCACAGUGGAGAAGUUGGGAUGUCCUGAGUCAGUCCUCCGGGCCCAGAGAGCGCUGUGCUGAUGGGACCUGCUGCGCCACCAUGAGCUUACAAGAUGGCGGCUGCAGCUACGCCAGCAGCGCCAAUAUGGCCACGGCUAGUGGCAGCAUGCGGCGGCGCCUGGAGGACCAGGAGUUCACCCUGCGAGUCUACCCGGGCACCCUGGCUGAGGGCACCAUCUACUGCCCCGUCGGCGCCCGCAAGAACACCACAGCUGCUGAAGCCAUCGAGUGCCUCAUCGAGCGGUUGCGCCUGGAUCGUACCAAAUGCUACGUGUUGGCUGAGGUGAAAGAGUUUGGCGGGGAGGAAUGGAUCCUGAACCCCGGCGACUGCCCUGUUCAGCGUAUGAUGCUGUGGCCACGGAGCGCCCUGGAGAACCGCAGCGGACUGGGCAGUGGCGACGACUACCGCUUCCUCCUGCGGGAAAAGAACCUGGAUGGAUCUAUUCAUUAUGGCGGCAGCCUGCAGAUGUGGCUGCGGGUGACUGAGGAGCGCCGCCGCAUGGUGGAGCGGGGUUUCCUCCCCCAGCCUGCAGGGAGCGACCCUCCGUCCGACCUCUGCACUCUCCCGGAGCUAACAGAGCGCGCCAUUUUGGAAAGCCUUCGGGCACGUUUCCGCCAGGAGAAGAUCUACACUUACAUCGGGAGUAUUCUUAUUGUGAUUAACCCCUUUCAGUUCCUGCCAAUCUACAAUCCUAAAUAUGUCAAAUUGUACGACAACCACACACUGGGGAAGCUGGAGCCCCACAUUUAUGCUGUGGCGGAUGUGGCGUAUCACGCCAUGCUACAGCGACGGAGGAACCAGUGCAUAGUCAUUUCUGGUGAGAGCGGGUCUGGGAAAACCCAGAGCACCAACUUCCUCAUUCAUCACCUGACUGCACUCAGCCAGAAGGGAUUCGCCAGCGGGGUGGAGCAGAUCAUCCUGGGAGCGGGGCCUGUGUUGGAGGCCUUCGGGAACGCUAAGACGGCCCACAACAACAACUCCAGCCGCUUCGGCAAGUUCAUCCAGGUCAACUACCAGGAGAGUGGCACCGUCAGAGGAGCCUAUGUGGAGAAGUACCUGCUGGAGAAAUCCCGCCUGGUUUACCAGGAGCACAAUGAGAGGAACUACCAUGUUUUCUACUACCUGUUGGCCGGAGCCAGUGAAGAAGAGAGGAAGUCCUUCCACCUGCUCAAACCUGAGGAAUACCACUACCUCAACCAGAUGACAAAGAAAUCGCACAAACUCCACUGGGACAAUUACUAUGAGAGCGAUCUGCAGGACUGCUUCACAGUGGAAGGAGAGGAUCUGAAACAUGACUUUGAGCGGCUGCAGCUGGCUAUGGAGAUGGUCGGCUUCCUACCCACCACACGCAAACAGAUCUUCUCCCUGCUGUCAGCAAUCCUCCACCUGGGAAACAUCCGCUACAAGAAGAAGACCUACAGGGACGAUUCCAUCGACAUCUGCAACCCAGAGGUCCUGCCCAUUGUCUCGGAGCUGCUAGAGGUCAGAGAGGAGAUGCUGCUGGAGGCGCUGACCACCAGGAAGACGGUGACCGUCGGAGAGAGGCUCAUCGUGCCCUACAAACUUGCUGAGGCGGGCACGGUGAGGGACUCCAUGGCUAAGUCACUGUACAGCGCGCUGUUUGACUGGAUUGUGUUCAGGACCAACCAUGCUCUGCUAAACAACAAGGACCUGGAGGACAAGUCAAAGAUUCUGUCGAUAGGAGUCCUGGACAUAUUUGGUUUUGAGGAUUAUGAGAACAACAGCUUUGAACAGUUCUGCAUCAACUUCGCCAACGAACGACUGCAGCACUACUUCAACCAACACAUCUUCAAAUUAGAGCAGGAGGAGUACAGGGCAGAGGGCAUCACCUGGCACAACAUCGAGUACAUCGACAACAGCGGCUGCCUCAACCUCAUCAGCAAGAAACCCACAGCGCUGUUCCACCUGCUGGACGAGGAGUGCAAUUUCCCCCAGGCUUCCAAUCAGACCUUGCUGGACAAGUUCAAGCGUCAGCAUGAAGGAAACAGCUACAUCGAGUUCCCCGCUGUCAUGGAGCCCGCCUUCAUCAUCACACACUACGCUGGUAAAGUCAAGUACGGAGUCAAGGACUUCAGGGAGAAGAACACUGACCACAUGCGUCCCGAUAUCGUAGCCUUGCUCAAGAGCAGCAAGAACGCCUUCAUCUGCGGCCUGAUGGGAAUCGACCCCAUGGCGACCUUCCGCUGGGCCGUGCUGCGAGCCUACUUCAGAGCCCUGGUGGCUUUCAGGGAGGCCGGCCGCAGACACACCCACAAAAAAACUGGGAACGAUGCAGCAGUUUCCUGUUCUGUUGUCAAAACCGUCGACAGCUUCAGUUUCCUUCACCACCCGGUUCACCAGAGGAGCCUCGAGAUCCUUCAGAGAUGCAAAGACGAGAAAUACAGUAUCACCAGGAAGAAUCCCCGCACACCUCUGUCAGAUCUUCAAGGCACCAACGCCCUGAAUGAGAAGGCCAGCUGGGAUGGCUUUGGUGUCGGCUGUAACGGUCGCAGCUCCAGGUCUGGUCGCGUGUCCUCGACAGGAAGUCCCGCCCUGGAAGAAGACGGGAUCUUCCUCAACUCGACCAGCAGCAAGCUCCUGGAGAGAGCUCAGGGCAUCCUACUGAGGAACAAAAACGUCAAAAGCAAGCCGAGCCUUCCCAAGCACUUGUUGGACGUGAAGUCUCUGCGCUACCUGAGCAGCGUGACGCUCCACGACCGCAUCACCAAGUCUCUGCUCCACCUGCACAAGAAGAAGAAACCGCCCAGCAUCAGCGCACAGUUCCAGGCGUCCCUCAAUAAGCUGAUGGAGACUCUUGAUCAAUCGGAGCCGUACUUUGUCAAAUGUAUUCGCUCCAACGCUGAGAAGCUGCCGUUGCGUUUCAACGACAGCCUGGUGCUCAGACAGCUCAGAUACACAGGUAUGCUGGAAACCGUCCGGAUCCGACAAUCAGGAUACAGCAUCAAGUAUACCUUCCAGGACUUUGUGCAUCACUUUCAUGUGCUUCUGCCUCGAGGCACGAGCCCAACCAAGUCAGGCAUCAGGGAGUUUUUCAGACGGAUCCACCUCCCUCCUGCUGGGUAUCAAGUGGGCAACACCAUGGUGUUCCUGCGGGAGGCGGAGCGUCAGCGUCUUCAGACCCUCCUCCACCAGGAAGUCCUGCGGCGGAUCGUCACGCUGCAGCGCCGCUUCAGGGCCGUCCUGGAGAGGAAGCACUUUGUUGACAUGAGGAGAGCCGCCUUUGUCAUACAGCGAUGGUGGCGAUCGUGCCUUCUCAAAGAGUCCACCAUGGACUCGGGUGACGAGGAAGAGGCAGCGGUGUGUCUGCAGGCGGCCUGGAGGAGCUACAGGGAGCGCAGGAGGUUCCUGCAGCGGCGGGACUCUGCCAUCGUUAUACAGAGGAGCUGGAGACAUUACUGUCAUCGCAGAUCUUUGGCAGCUGUAACGGUUCAAACAGCCUGGAGAGGAUUCAGGGAGAGGAGCCGCUACUGUCGGGCGUACAGGACUGUGACGCAGCUACAGGCGAUGGGCAGGGGACACCUGGCUCGGCUCAGGUUCAGUGAGGUAAAGAAGCAGCAUGAAAGACAAGAGAGUCCACCAGCAGCAGAGAUGGAUGCAGGAACCAUGGAGGACCUCACCUCAUCAGAACAGGAAGGUUUUGUCCAGGACCUCUCUGUAGAACUGUCUGAAGACUCUAAGCCUGCUCUGUUAGAUGUGGGAGAGAUAGAAAAAGAAGAGGACUCGGAGCGAAGUAGGAGCACAGACGAGACGAGCCAUAAGAACCGGUCAAAACGCGAGAGCAGACGGAUGAGAGAGCUGGAGCAGGCUCAGUUCAGCUUGGAGCUUCUCAAGGUCCGAAGCACCAGCCUGCAAGAAGACUCUGUCCCAGACAGCAGCACCUGUCAGCUGGAAGACCCUCGCAGACAUUCACCUCGGGGAUCUCCAGCCAGUCAUGGCAGUUUUGAACUGCUCAGUGUGGAAGACAUGGAGACUGAAGGCUCUGGAGGUUUUGCUUCCCAGUCGACUGAACCUCAAGAACAUCCCCAAUUAGCGGAUAUCCAACUACAUGAGGGACUGAGGGAUUCAAACUUUAACGAAAAGCCUGCGAUGGAGCCGCCAAACAAGGCGGAGGGUCCGAGGGCAACGUUUUAUAUUGCUUCCGACCAAAGUCCAGUUCAUGAACCAAAAUUCGAAAGCCCCAGCAAGUCUUACAGAGAGAGAAGGAUGUCCGCGUCUCGGCGGCCUGUAGUGGUGUUGAUCAGUAUGCAGAAGGAGAGUCCUGUGGAGGAGGAGGGGCUGCUGGCAGCCCAAACCCUAGAAGGAGCUUCUGAAACUGGAGCAGCAUCAUCCGGUUCCCAAAUGACGCCUGUUGCAGGCUCGGACGUGGUAUCAGAGAUGGAACAGCCUCAUGGGUUUGCAACCCAGACUGAAAGUGAUGUAUUUGAAGUGGACAAGUCUUCUGAGGUCCCGUAUUCAACGGCCCACGGAGCAAGUCCAGAAUCAGGGAUUUGCUCUUCGGAGGUGGACAUCCAGAUCCUCCUGGAGCCCAGUCCAGUGAAGUCCAGUGUUCCCGCUGUCCUCCCCAGUCAGCCGGAGAGGAAGGCGAUCCGGCCGGCACAGGAGGCUCCCAGCCAGGUCCUGGACACCAAACCACCAAAAGCUCAGAAGAAGAGCUCAGGCCAGACUGUGAUCGUGAACAUGGUGGAGAAAUCCCCCAACGCUGUGUUCUCCCCACCCAGGCGCAAGCUGCCCUUCUCCAAGUCAGAUAAGGAUUUGGUGAACCAGGAAAGAUCUCUGGCCAUGUUCAGAGACGACUCUAAAUCUGGAUCCAGAAACAGAGAGGUGGGCCGCCCUGGCCCCAAAAAGAAAGCGCGAAUGUCCCGGACGCGCUCCGACUUCCUCACCCGCUGUAACUCUGAGGGGGCGACCCAGUCGGACGACGACGAUGAAUACUACAUCCCCGCCCACUCCCACACGCUGCCCCCCUCCCUGUCUCCCCCACACGCCCACCCCGAGGCUGACUGUCACAGUGACUCCGAGAUGUUGUCGUUAUCUGCUCUCCAGCCAUCUCACAAAGACCAGAAGAAGAUCCAUAAGACCAUGUCUUCAGGAGACCUGGGCAAGGUGGAGGUGCUCAGGAAAACCUCCAGUCAGGAUGGAAGCAGGAUGAGAGGAAGGAUACGAUUCUGGAGUAAGACGAAGCACAGCGAGAAGAAACUGUCGAGAGAGAAGCAGGCCAGCAGGAGCGAAUCGGCAGAGACACAUGAAGGCCCUUCUUCUCCUCCUCACAGUCCAGAUUUGGAGGCAGCUCCCUCCCUGGGGGCCAGGGACAGUAAGGAGAACAAGGAGCCGUCUCCUAAGAUGAGGAGGCGUCGCAGUGUGAAGAUCAGCAGCAUCGCUCUGGAACCCGCCCAGUGGCAAAACGACGCACUGCACAUCCUCAGCUCGGCCCAUGACUACCGCAGCAUGAACGACUUCCUCAUGAAGAAGAUCGCCGACCUGGAGUCUGAAGACGGUAAGAAGGACACCAUGGUGGACGUCGUCUUCAAGAAAGCGCUGAGGGAGUUCAGGAUCAACAUCUUCAACUCCUACUCCACUGCCCUGGCGAUGGAUGAUGGGAAGAGUAUCCGUUACAAGGAUCUCUACGCCCUGUUCGAGCACAUCCUGGAGAAGACCAUGCGUCUGGAGCAGAGGGACUGGUGCGAAUCGCCGGUGAAGGUGUGGGUCAACACCUUCAAGGUCUUCCUGGAUGAGUUUAUGACUGAGUACAAGCCCAUGGAGGGAACUGUCGGCAGGGCUCCUAAACGUGAACGUAAGAAGUCGAGGAAAAAGGAAACCGACAUUGUGGAAGAACACAACGGCCACAUCUUCAAGUCCACACAGUACAGCAUCCCCACCUACUGCGAGUACUGCUCCUCCCUCAUCUGGAUGAUGGACCGAGCCUGUGUCUGCAAACUGUGUCGCUACGCCUGUCACAGAAAGUGCUGCUCUAAGAUGACCACCAAGUGCAGUAAAAAGUACGACCCAGAGCUGUCGUCGCGGCAGUUUGGCGUGGAGUUGUCCCGUCUAACCAGCGAGGAGCGAACGGUUCCCCAGCUGGUGGAGAAACUCAUCAACUACAUUGAGAUGCACGGCCUCUACACGGAGGGAAUCUACAGGAAGUCGGGCUCCACCAAUAAGAUCAAAGAACUCCGCCAGGGGCUGGACACAGAUGUGAGCGUUGUGAACCUGGAUGACUACAACAUCCACGUCAUUGCCAGCGUUCUCAAACAGUGGCUCCGUGACCUGCCCAGCCCUCUCAUGACCUUUGAGCUGUACGAGGAGUUCCUCAGGGCCAUGGGUCAGCCAGACAAGCGGGAGGUGAUCCGCGGGGUGUAUUCGGUGAUCGACCAGCUCAGCAGGACGCACCUCAGCACACUGGAGCGCCUCAUCUUCCAUCUGGUCAGGAUCGCCCUCCAGGAGGAGACUAACAGGAUGUCAGCCAACGCCCUCGCCAUCGUGUUCGCUCCCUGCAUCCUUCGCUGCCCCGACACCAUCGACCCGCUGCAGAGCGUCCAAGACAUCAGCAAGACCACGGCGUGUGUGGAGCUGAUCAUCAACGAGCAGAUGAGCAAGUACAAAGCUCGUCUGAAGGACAUCAGCAGUCUGGAGUUUGCAGAAAGCAAAGCCAAGAGCAGACUGACCCACAUCAGGAAGUCCAUGUGCAAAGGCCGUGUUCGGCAAAGCAGCACCCACACGCCCUCGCCUCCUCUCAGCCCCAGAGUGCCCGCUGUGGUCGUGGAUGGAGAGACAGGAGGAGGAGGAGGAGGGGAGGAGGAGGAGGAGAGGAGGCAGCAGAGGCGGCAGAACGAGCCGCAGCAGCUGGCGAUGCAGCAGGAAGAGCGAAUCCUCACCGAGCAAAUUGAGAGUCUGCAGAAAGAAAAGGAGGAGCUGACGUAUGAGAUGUUGAUCUUGGAGCCGCGGACGUCGGACGAUGAGACUCCUGAAUCUGAAGCAUCAAUCGGCACAGCAGACAGCUCUGAGAACAUCACCAUGGAGACGGAGGGAGCCACUUCAGAGCCCAUAGAGCGCGCCACUUACCACUUCAGAAAGUCUGAAGCAAAGGGCAGACGAGCUUUGCGCCGCCAGCCCGACUCCCAGGACUCUGCAGACUCGACCUCCACCAUUUCCUCCUACCACCCCUCUUCCUCUCUCUCCUCCGGCUCUCCCUCCCCUCACUACCGCUUCCGCUCCUCCUCCUCCGGGCCCCUGCUCACCUCCUGCGGUUUGGGGGCCCCGUUGGCCGAGGCGGAGGGGAGCCACGGAGCUGGUAAGACCCGCCACAGGCUCAGGCUCAGCCGCAGCUCCCCCCGCGAGCCCUCAGGAAGCCACCGGAGGGAGUCUGACUUCAGCUCGGGCCCCCAGCAGCUGGUUCUGUACGGCAGCAACGAGUUCAUGGUGUGAAGCCGAGGAGGGAGGGAAAACGCCAGAAGCCGCCUGUCGGCGUGCAGGAAGGGUGCACGUGAAGGGAGAGGAGGAGGGAGAGUCCAGGGUUGAACGAGGCUGGCCACGGGGCGAGGUUGGCGCCCAGUGUCGCCUGCUGCCCCUCCUCAGUGCCCACCCCCCUCCUCCCCUGGUCCGUCAGAGCAGAGCGCUGUGGGAAUAAAAAGAAGACGAGACUGGAAAUAUGACAUGGGAACAGAAUGACAGGUCAAAGAAAGAGGGCUGAUGAAAGAGAGAGAGAGUGAAGUGAGAACAUAUGGUCGGCCAUGUUUAUCGACCCUCCCCAA